AUGGGAUCUGAGGUCUUAUCGCUGGUAGUAAAAGUACUAUGGGUUGCCGGGAGGGCUUUUGCUCAGAGUAGGACACAAGAAGACGAUGAAUUGCUACCACCUGGUGGACCUGAUAAAGAUAUACCUAUACCUGACGAUCCUGGCCAAGACGUGAAUCCGGUAACGGAAGAAAUGUUUUCUUCAUGGGCGCUUUUCAUCUUAUUAUUCCUACUGAUCUCGGCAUUAUGGUCAAGUUACUACUUAACUCAAAAACGUAUUAGAGCCGUUCAUGAAACGGUUCUAUCGAUCUUCUACGGUAUGGUUAUUGGACUAGUAAUUAGAAUGACGCCGGGUCAUUAUAUUCAAGACACGGUGACUUUUAACAGUUCUUAUUUCUUCAAUGUUUUACUUCCACCGAUUAUCCUUAAUUCAGGUUAUGAAUUGAAUCAAGUGAAUUUCUUUAACAAUAUCCUUUCCAUUUUGACAUUUGCGAUACCGGGUACAUUCAUAUCAGCAGUGGUUUUAGGGGUCAUCAUAUUCAUCUGGACUUCCUUGGGAUUAGAAGGUGUCAACAUUUCAUUUGUGGAUGCACUAUCGGUGGGGGCAACGUUGUCGGCAACAGAUCCAGUUACCAUUCUUUCUAUUUUCAAUGCUUAUCAAGUGGAUCCUAAAUUGUAUACCAUUAUCUUUGGUGAAUCACUUUUAAACGAUGCAAUUUCUAUUGUUAUGUUUGAAACUUGUCAAAAAUUCCAUGGAAGUCCUGCUAGAUUUUCUUCCUUCUUUGAAGGUGUUGGUCUUUUCCUCAUGACAUUUAUGGUUUCCUUAUUGAUCGGACUGGCUGUUGGUAUCUUAGUAGCAUUGAUUCUAAAGCAUACCCACAUUAGAAGGUUUCCACAAAUUGAAAGUUGUCUCAUUCUUCUGAUUGCAUAUGAGUCUUAUUUCUUUUCCAACGGUUGCCACAUGUCGGGAAUCGUAUCGUUACUAUUCUGCGGUAUAACGUUAAAGCAUUAUGCCUACUAUAAUAUGUCAAGAAGAACACAAAUUACUAUAAAAUACAUUUUCCAGGUAUUGGCAAGAUUAUCAGAAAAUUUCAUCUUUAUCUAUUUGGGAUUGGAGCUAUUCACAGAGGUUGAAUUGGUCUAUAAACCAUUGCUGAUCAUUGUCACAUCUGUUUCAAUCUGUGUGGCUCGUUGGUGUUCGGUGUUCCCACUAUCCAAUUUUGUCAAUUGGAUGUAUAAAGUGAAAACUCUCAGAUCAAUGAGAGGUACCGCUACUACUUCGACGGCUAUCCCCGAAGAGAUUCCUUAUAAUUACCAAGUGAUGACUUUUUGGGCUGGUUUACGUGGUGCUGUAGGUGUAGCGCUAGCAAUGGGGAUUCAAGGUGAAUUCAAGUUCACUCUUUUGGCAACGGUGCUUGUUGUGGUGGUGUUGACGGUUAUUAUUUUUGGUGGGACUACAGCUGGUAUGUUGGAAGUUCUCAACAUUAGAACAGGCUGUGUGGAUGACAAUGAACAAAGUGAUGAUGAAUUUGAUAUAGAGGCACCUAGACCUCCAGCUGUCCUACGUGGAGGUAUGAUGCCAUCAUCAUAUUCAGAUGGAACGUCUGCCAUUAACUCUACCGCCAAUCUUGCUGCAGGUGAGAGUCAAACUGAUCUACUUGCAGAUUUUCCACCAACUGCUAACGAGUUUAGCGCCCAAACCGGCAAUUCUGUUAAUUCUUUUGCUCGACUAUCAUUGGAUAAAGAACAGAUCAAAGAAGCUCUUGGAAACAUUUUCAAUUCAGAUUCUCGCUGGUUCCAAAAUUUCGAUGAACAAGUUUUGAAACCUGUUUUCUUAGACAAUAAUUCCCAACCACAUAGAGAGGGAAGUGAUUCGCCUUCGUUACAUUGA